AAGAACAACCUUGACCUACUAUCACCGCCCCGCCUCUCGAUCAACUCAAAAGUCGCAAACCACUUUACAACAACACGUCAAGAUCACCACUUUCCUCUAAGGUAUCAUAAAGCUGUGAAAUAAAGGGAAAACAAGGCGACGGGUAGUUACUGGAGCUCGAUUGCGACCUGUUUACUGUUCUAUCGUCAUUCAAUUCACCUACCGAACCGUCUACAUCGAAUCAGCAACAUAAUUCAACACACACAAUAUGGACUUCGCUCCUUAUCAAUCAUCUCCCCCGGAGCACUCACGUGUGACCUCUCCCGACUAUGCCUCGCCUCGACCAUCAUACGAUGCCAGACGAUCGUUUUCACCCGUCGCCUCUCCUCCACCGCUUCAGCACCCACAGCCACAAAGAGGAUGGAGCGGUUUUGAUGGCCAGUCAGCUGGCUGGGCGGCCAUUAGUCCUGAUAACCGCGCUUUCGGUGGACCAAGCACAAUGCCUGGUACCUAUCCUGCUGCCGAAGUCAGCGAGUUCGACACAAGCUUAGGAAUGCGCCUGGAUUACGAAGCCUGUCUAGCAUAUGUCGCAUUUCCACCACUGGGUGCGAUUAUACUGCUGAUCUUGGAGCGGAAUAGUGACUAUGUGAGGUUUCAUGCUUGGCAAUCUGCAUUGCUAUUCACAGCCAUUAUGGUCUUCCAUCUUAUAUUUUCAUGGUCAACGUUCCUGAGCUGGCUUUUUUUCCUUUGUGAUAUUGCCUUAAUCGCUGUUCUCACUCUACGAGCUUACAAAGAUGCAGAGAUACUCGACAGAUUCGAGGUGCCAUUCUUCGGUGCCCUCGCUAGUCGAUUCCUUGAUGAUGAGUAACGCAUAAUUGAGUUGCACGCGCUGCUUGUAUUGUAUUGUUUUUUUGAGUUUUGUCCAUUUAGUCGUAUUCACAAUACCCCUUCGCAGCUCAGGACUGGCAAUCGAAUUACCUACCUCAUGCUAGAAGCCAACCCUCUGUCGUAUCACGUUAAUAGAUAUGCUCACGCCCCUUCUGGCAGACUUGAA